CCAAUGGCUCUACCCUACCUGAUUGAGCUUUCGAUCCUCGAAGCUACUCGUGGAGUCUGAUUCGACGCUUCUUACUUCGAGAUCGGCGAAAGCUUGACUCGCAUUGACUUCAACAGCUCGAGCGAGGGAGACAGUGACGGAGAGAGAGGGAGGAUGUCGAAAAUCCAGUGCCAGAGAAUCGGCUGCGAUGCCUCCUUCUCCGAAGACGACAAUCCAGAAGGUUCCUGCCGAUUCCACGACGCGGGACCUAUAUUUAAAGAUGGGAUGAAAGAAUGGAGUUGUUGCAAAAAGAGAAGUCAUGAUUUCAGUGAGUUUCUGGGAAUUCCUGGAUGUAAGACUGGCAAACACACUACUGAAAAGCCAUCAACCAAGGCAGUUACUGCUACUAGGACUCCAAGACCUACCGCCAUUGCUGCUCCUGCAACUAAUGCAUCAUCAAAAGAGUCUUGCUCGAGAUGUCAGCAGGGUUUCUUCUGCUCUGAUCAUGGUUCGAGAACCGGAAAAACGAACAUAGAUGUGGCAAAUGCAAAUGCUGAACCUGUUGUUGAAAGCAGUAAGGAUGUCGAGAUCUCUGCGGUUCCACAAAAGAAAAUAAUGGACAUAAACGAGCCGCAGACCUGCAAAAAUAAAGCAUGUGGUCAAACUUUCAAAGAGAAGGAUAAUCAUGAGACAGCCUGCUGUUACCAUCCUGGGCCUGCUGUUUUCCACGACAGGAUGAGAGGGUGGAAAUGUUGUGACAUUCACGUUAAGGAAUUUGAUGAGUUCAUGACUAUUCCACCAUGUACCAAGGGAUGGCAUAAUGCAGAUCCGACAUCAUAGGGAGCACUGAGGUGUAGCAAUGAGGUUUUGUAUGCAUUGCAUUGGGAGUUGAUAUUGGACUGGAGGUUAUUAUCCUUUAUGGUGAAAAUUCCACUGAUUUCCUUGAUCGACAUGGUAUUGGCCAUGUCAAGAAGACAUCCUGCUUCUCAUCUGUGAUUAACUGUACCUUAAUUUUCAGUUCGAAUUCCUUUUGAUUA